UGUUGCAUCAAGCAAACUGACUAGUUGCACUACAAGUACUUCAUUGCCAUCUACUAAUUUGCCAUUAGGAACAACUGGUUUACCAGUCAUACCAGUGGUUACACCUGGGCAGGUUUCUACACCAGGCACUUACGUUUCAGCUCCAGUCUGCACUGCAUCAGGAGUGAAGCCUGGAAGUGCUGCCUCAAAACUACCUUUAACUAAGACUCAGCCUCAGCAGCCCCUGGAAGAUCUUGAUGCUCAGUUGAGAAGAACGCUCAGUCCGGAGACUGUUGCAGUGACAUCUGUGGUCGGCCCUGUGUCCACGGUGGCUCCAGCAGCGGGGACAGAAGCAGGAGCACAGCCUCAGAAGGAAGUUUCUCAGGGCACCGGAGGUCCUGUGCCAGCAGCUAGUUCAGGAGCUGGGGUGUUCACGAUGGGACGGUUUCAGGUUUCAGUUGCAAUGGAUGAUGCCCAGAAAGAGAGUAAAAGUAAGACAGAAGAUACAAAGUCUGUUCAUUUUGAAUCCAGCACUUCAGAGUCCUCAGUGCUAUCAUCAAGUAGUAGUCCAGAGAGUACCCUGGUGAAGCCAGAGCCUAAGGGAAUGGCCAUCCCCAGCAUCUCUUCAGGGAUGCCACAUAGCACCCACACAACACUUAUCUCGGAGACACAGUCGGAAACUGGGCAGCCUGCUAAGGUUGGACGUUUUCAGGUGACAACUACAGCAAACAAAGUGGGUCGUUUCUCUGUGUCAAGAACUGAGGACGAGAUAGCUGAGGGCAGAAAAGAAGGACCAGUGACAUCUCCUCCUUUUAUGGAUCCAGAACAAGCUAUUCCUCCUGCUGCGAUACCAAAGAAAGAAAAGCCUGAACUUGCCGAGCCUUCGCAUCUGAACGGGCCAUCUUCUGACCUUGAGGCUGCCUUUUUAAGUAGGGAUGUUGAUGAAGGUUCAGGUAGUCCACACUCCCCCCACCAGUUGAGCUCAAAGAGCCUUCCUACUCAGAAUCUAAGUCAGAGCCUUAGUAAUUCAUUCAACUCCUCCUACAUGAGUAGUGACAACGAAUCAGAUAUUGAAGAUGAAGACCUCAAGUUAGAGUUGCGACGAUUACGAGAAAAGCAUCUUAAAGAGAUUCAAGAUCUACAGAGUCGCCAAAAACAUGAAAUCGAAUGUUUGUAUACCAAACUGGGCAAGGUUCCCCCUGCUGUCAUUAUUCCCGCAGCUGCUCCCCUUUCAGGAAGAAGAAGGCGACCCACGAAAGGCAAGGGCAGCAAGUCUAGUCGUAGCAGUUCCUUGGGGAAUAAAAGCCCUCAGCUUUCAGGUAACCUGUCUGGUCAGAGUGCAACUUCCGUCUUGCACCCCCAGCAAACCCUCCACCCUCCUGGCAACAUCUCAGAGACCGGGCAGAAUCAGCUGUUACAGCCUCUUAAGCCAUCUCCCUCCAGUGAUAACCUCUACUCAGCCUUCCCCAGUGAUGGUGCCAUUUCAGUACCAAGCCUUUCUGCUCCAGGUCAAGGGACCAGCAGCACAAACACGGUUGCAGGGACAGUGAACAGCCAGGCUGCGCCAGCUCAGCCUCCUGCCGGGACCUCCAGCAGGAAGGGCACAUUCACCGAUGACCUGCACAAGCUGGUGGACAAUUGGGCCCGAGAUGCCAUGAAUCUUUCAGGCAGGAGAGGAAGCAAAGGGCACAUGAAUUAUGAGGGCCCUGGAAUGGCAAGGAAGUUCUCUGCACCUGGGCAGUUGUGCAUCUCCAUGACCUCGAACCUGGGUGGCUCUGCCCCCAUCUCUGCAGCAUCAGCUACCUCUCUAGGUCACUUUAACAAGGCUAUGUGCCCCCCACAGCAGUACGGUUUUCCAGCUGCCCCAUUUGGCACUCAGUGGAGUGGGACGGGUGGCCCAGCACCACAGCCACUUGGCCAGUUCCAGCCUGUUGGAACUGCCUCCUUGCAGAACUUCAACAUCAGCAAUUUGCAGAAAUCCAUCAGCAACCCCCCAGGAUCCAACCUGCGCACCACUUAGUCAGACCUAGAGGCGGGAGACGGAAUGCUGAGGGAGGCUGGGGCGGGGGAGGAGCCUGUAUACUAACUGCUAGUGCUGCGUUUCACUGGCUCGUUCUCGCCAGAAGGGAGUAUUUGUAACACCGCUUUGAGCCCUCCGAUUGGAACCUGUCCCUGCCCUUUUGAUUUUCGGUGGGACUGGGAGCAGAAGGAAGCAGCCGCUGUCUUGGCAAGGGCAGCUUCGACUCUGCUGCCUGCGCCCAGAGGUGGGGGCACUGGUGGAAGCUACCAGAGAGCUCAGCGUGCACCCAACUGGGGGAAGCUCUCAACUGUGGUACAUGCCCCAAUCCCUCCCUUCCUCAGAAUCCAAACCACAUGAUAAAGCUACUGGGCUCUCUCCCUCCCCGCCCUCUGUCUCUCCUUCCCCCACCCCCCUUAGAACCCAGUGAAAAACACCGGGGGACUGGGGCUGCAACCCUUUGUUACGAGAUAGGUCAUUAGUGCUUUAAGCAAAAAAUAUUAGCAGCUUUGACUGCAGCAUUAGCAGUUAGGAAAAAGAAAUGAAGUUCCCUGCGGACAUGUAACUGCCAUCAGUUUUGAUGUGGAAACACUGUGAUAUAUAAAUGUUGUUGGACAACAGUAGUUUUAAGAGUAAAAUAUGAAAGAUUUAAAAAGCCCCCCCCCCAAAAAAAGCUAGCUCUGUCCUUUACUUAUUAAGACACUUUAACUUUUUCCUUUGUAUUCCCAUUGUAUUAGAUAAAUAAAUGUGAAUGUAAAAUUGUAUAAAUUACUGUACUUGAAUACUUCUGUUCUCCCAGUAUUGCUUGCUGGACAUUUUAGUGCCUUGGACUUCCAUUGCUUCUGCCAUUAGCAUCAACUUACCAGACCCCAGAUCAGCAAGGGCACGUGGAAGGAAACCUUAGGUCCUCGUGACCCCAACAGUGGAAAUGCCAAAGGGAAACUGAAGCAUUUGUUGUUUUGUUUUGUUUAUGUUUUUGUAGACAUCAGCAGUUUUGUCUGAGCAGGUGGAAGAUGAGUAGGUGAGAAGCGAAGUGGACGUCAGUGGUUACGAGCUGUCUGUUUCAAGAAUAGUGAGGGAGAAUCGGGCCAUUUCAGAGAUGAGCAGAUUGAGCUGGAUGGCAGACUGAAGCGUGGGCAAACAGACGUGUGUGCCUGGCCAGCGACUGUCCUAACCUAACCCUUAUGCGUCUGAGCUGGGCUUGAACACACAAGACUGAGUGGGUACUGAACAAAGAGAAGGGGACAGGCAACAGUUGCAAGUUGGAAAAUGGGAUUGUCAGCAUCCCAGAUGGCAAAAGUUCCUCUAAGAAAAACCACGUGGCUUGCUUUCCUUUUGAUGCUGUGACCGUGUGUUUCUCGGCUUGAGGGAGUAGACCCACUUCUGAAUUAGCAUUAAAGGGAAGAAUGCAUAUUCCUACCCUUUCCUCUGCAAUGUCCAAAUGUGGUUGCAGGAUCUCAAUCUAACGUGCCACCAUUUUUUCUAGAGUAACUAAUAUUUUCACAUCUUCAUGUAAAUGUUCCCAUUAAAUUGUAACUGCAACCAGCCAGUAUUAUUUAAAGUUAUGCCUAGUUGUAACGGGCAGUUGUGUUUUCAGAGUUUUCCGGAAGUGCUGUGCUCACUGGCUGUGUUUGAGCUCUCUUUCUCUGAAGAUGGAGAAGGAACGAGCACUCUUAGGGGUGCUUCUUCCGACUUAGUUGAGAACUUGACCUGUUUCCAGCCUUCUGCUCUGCUCAGCAGCACAUCUCCAACACGUCCAGGCUGGAGGAGCGUCGCUGCUCCCCACACGCUGUCCCUUCGUGCUCAGGCUCAGAGCCUGGACAUGGUCGUAACAACUGCAGGUUUCAGGAAGGUAGAAAUGAGGAGAGAGGUGUCGAGGUCUGCUUCCCAACUGUUGGCUUGCCCUCUGCUUGAAUCACUGUGGUCGCACUGGUGCCAAGGAGAUGGGCAGCGGGUGCCAGACGUGAGCCGGCACCCGGGAGCAGGCAGGGCAGCCAGGUGCAGCGCAGUGGUGGUCUGUUACUUUGAUUUAAACAUUUUGAAAUCUUCUCACUCAUACCAACAGUAAGAACUGGUUUCAUUUGCUAUUGGUUUCCCCUCCUGUGGAAGUAGUAACUGAAGCCUAGAGGAAUGAACUAGUGCUACUGAACUGUUUAAAUUAUUUUUGUUAAUAAUACACUUUGACUAUCUUUUUCCACAUUUAAAAAAAAAACUUUCUGAAUUAUAUGUUUUCCUUACAUUAUUUAACAGUGUACACCAUCCGGGGGUUUCGCAGCAGCCGUUCCUGUACAUUUUGCACUAACUCUGGGUGUGGCGCUCCUUGUAAGAUUGCGCUUUGUGCUUCAGUUUGUUACCUUUGUAGAACUUAUUUAAUGAAACCGUUCAAAUAAACCAAACUCGCUUUUGUUGA